UGUCGUGUCAUAUGUGAAAGAGCAAGAAGACUUGGAAAAUACUGAAACCAAACCGGAGGACUGUGAUGAGAAUGAUGAGAGUAAAUCAAAUGUUAAAAGCGAGAGUGAGAGCAAAACGAACGUAAAAAAGGAGCAUGAAGAUGAAGCCAAAGCUGAAAGUAGUACGAAAGAUGUUCAGAAGAAGGAAAUUGGCAGUAAGCAGCCAAAGGAGGAACCAAGAACCAGUGACUCUGACGAAGUUCCACCUGCAAAACGCAUUAGACUGGAGGAAUCUGAUGCAGACGCUGAAGAAGAAGGUGGUAAAGGUGGAGGAGGAGAAGCAGAACAAGAUCUGGAACAAGAGAAAGACAGUCAAGACAAUACCGAUGAAAAGGCCAGUGUCACUGAUGAAAAUCAAGACCUCAAGAAGAAACGACGUCGUCGACGCAAGCGAAACCCAUCGACAUCGGCUACAAAUAACGAAAGUGGCCUUGUUGGUCAAGCGAUCGCCGUAGAUGAGGUCAAACCGGCCGAUGAUCCAAUCAAAGCAUUGUCCACAUUGCGAGUUGCAACUAAAGUCGAAUGGAAACGAUUACGUAACAAAUACCUGAUGCUUCAGCGUCAAAAGUAUACAGAGGUGAAAAAAUUGCUACAACAAAACAAGCACAGUGACAAUCGAAAAGUAUCAACGCUACCUUUGUCAACUGUACGACCGGUUACAAUGAAAAACAAAAAGUACGCUUCACCGCCACCAUCGAAGAAGAUAUGCACCCGAAACAUCAAUUUCUAUGGCGCAAUGCGUGAUGAAAAGAACACUUACGAGUGCAGUAUUAUCGAUGAAAACAAACCAAAUGCCGAUAAGACUGAGGAAUCCGAAGCGAAAAAUGAAAAGCAAUUCGGGAAAGAUCUCCAAUUCGAAUUUGAGCCGGGUCUCAUUGUGAAGGUGAAUUUUGACGAGCCAUGUACUGACAUUGCCGACUUCAAAGCAGAAAUGAAACAGUAUGCAUUCGUUCGAUAUGUUGACAUCAAGGAAGGUCAAACGUUUGCCUUUGUUCGAGUUGAUACGCCACGUUCGGCUCCGGUUUUGAUAAAGCAUUGUGCGCCAAAUCGCUGUCAAAUUCUGACCGGAGAAAGUGAGACGGAUUAUUGGUCGAAAAUUUCCAAGGAUCGUGAGCAAAAAUUGUCGAAGAAAGUCAAAGCGCCCAAGGCACGCAGUCGAAAAAUGCGGAAUAUCAUCAAAAAUAUUGCCGAGAUCAAUGUUGUCAAAGGACUUGAUAACAAGACUACCGUUAAUCACAUUCGCUUCGAUGAUGAUUGAGACAUUUGUCGAGAAAAAAAUAAAAAGACUCAGUUGAAAUAAUUUUAUUGAGCGAAUACUUUUUACCGAAUAAUAUAAUUUUAAUGGUCAAUAAAACAAUCAAUAAAAUAAAUUUUAAACAA